AAGGAUUAUUGGACUAACAACUGUAUUUUAUUGUGGUUUGUGUUUCUGUUUUAGUUGUUUUUUAAAGCAGAACCAUGGGAAUCCCGGGUUUGCUCCAGUUUAUCAAAGAAGCUGCAGAAUCUACCCAUGUGAAGAAGUACAAAGGGCAGGUUGUUGCUGUGGACACUUACUGCUGGCUGCAUAAAGGAGCUUACGCGUGUGCUGAGAAGUUAGCCAGAGCGGAACCCACAGAUCAGUAUGUCAUUUACUGUAUGAAACUGGUGAAUAUGCUUCUGUCGUUUGGGGUCAAACCAAUUCUAGUAUUUGAUGGAUGUACCCUGCCUUCCAAAAAGGAAGUUGAAAAGUCUAGAAGAGAGAAACGGCAAGCAAAUCUUCUGAAAGGGAAGCAGCUUCUCCGGGAGGGGAAACUAUCAGAAGCCAGAGAAUGCUUUGCACGUAGCAUUAAUGUCACACACGCUAUGGCUUGUGAAGUUAUUAAAGCUGCUCGGGCAAAAGGAAUAGACUGCAUUGUUGCGCCAUACGAAGCUGACGCUCAGCUAGCUUACCUCAACAAGACUGGCAUAGUCCAAGCUAUAAUUACAGAGGACUCAGAUCUUCUUGCCUUUGGGUGUAAAAAGGUGUUUCUGAAACUUGACAAGUUUGGAAAUGGCUUGGAAAUUGACCAGGCUCGGCUAGGAAUGUGCAAACAGCUCGGUGAUGUGUUUACAGAAGAGAAAUUCCGCUACAUGUGUAUUCUGUCCGGUUGCGACUACCUUCCAUCCAUUCAUGGUAUUGGGUUAGGCAAGGCGUGCAAGUUACUAAAAAUAGCCAACAAUCCUGAUAUUAUAAAGGUGAUUGGGAAAAUUGGGCAGUACCUGAAGAUGAAUAUAUCAGUACCCAAAGAAUACAUAGAAGGAUUUAUUCGUGCUAAUAAUACUUUCCUCUAUCAGUUGAUUUUUGACCCUGUCAGGAGGAAACUGGUUCCUUUGAAUGCUUACGUUGAUGAUGUUGAUCCAGAAACGCUACUGUAUGCUGGAAAACACAUCGGCGAUAGCGUUGCUUUUCAAAUUGCGCUUGGAAACAAAGACCUCAAUACACUGGAGCAAAUUGAUGACUACAACCCUGAUGUUUCAAAGCGAAGAAGUUGCAGCUGGGAUGACAAAUCUGUUGGCCAGAAACCAUCCAAUAUAAAGAGUAUUUGGAGCAGAGACUACACGCCUGGUUUUGCUGAGGAGGCAGUGCCAAAUUCUGCACCUUUGUUGGAGCGACCCCCAACCAAAGGCACAGAGCGGCUGAUUAGUACAAAAGGACUGAAACUUCUUCACAAAGCUAUGUUGGCAAAAAGGCAAAGGCAUGAGGAGCUAUCAGAUGGAGAUCUCUUGAGCCAGUAUUCCUUUUCCAACUCAAAAAAGCCGAAGACGGAAAAGGAUGAAGCUGUCGAGCGCCAUGCAGUUGUCGGUGCGGUGACUCCAGCCCGUGCUUCAGUGGACCCUUCCAGGAACAAGGAAACUUCGAACUCCCGGCCUCGACUUAGAAAUAAAUUUGUCUUUCUGCGGAAGAAGAAUGAGGAAAGUGGCGCAGUUGUCGUUCCGGGGACCAGAAGCAGGUUCUUUUGCAGUAUCAUGGACACGCCUGCUGGUGGACCAAAGAGUGACGCCCACCAGCCACCCCAGAGAAGUGGGGUUGAUUGUCAGACCAUGGAAGCUGAAAGCGCAGAAGCGAAAGAUUGCACUUCUUCCUCCCCAGGGACUGCGGAAACCAGAAGAACCCCCUCGCCCUCGCUUCGGACAACGCAAACCAGCUGCUUCAGUUGGUCUAAAAGCUUUUCAGACCGAUCUGGGACACCCAGCCCAACUCAAAGUGUAGCACUGCUAAAGCGGUUUCGCCGACAAACGCCUGACGAGACUGCAUCUAGGGAUUGUAAGAUGUCUGGAUCGCAGAUGUUAAGCUCAACAUUUGGUAAAGAGUCCAAUGAAGACUCUUCACUGUUAAAAGGACGGAGCUGUUUAUCUGAACAGAAGUCGAAUGAGGUUUCCCGGAGCAAUCUGGACUGUCUAGAAAAUUCUCCAGGGCCCAACGAAGUCGCUAUUGAUGCCAAUGUUUUUGGAUUACAUAAAACCAGCCCGGUAAGAUCCUGUGUUGUGACGCAAUGCGUGUCACGGAUGCCUGCCAAAGUGAGUGGGCUAAGCAAAAGGAUAGCAAGUGCAAAGAAGAAAAACCAUCACAACGCUGAAAAUAAGUCUGGCCUGCAGGUGACGAUUAACGAUAUGUGGAAAAGCUUCCAGUUUAAAAGACAAUCGGAAAGGCUGCCCUCUUGCAAAAAACCAGAACCGUUGUCUCCAAUCAAAGAUAACAUCCAGCUCACUCCAGACGCAGAUGACGAUGCUUUUAAUAAACUUGAAUUCAGUCAUGUGCAGCGUAAAAUAUUUCAGUGAACUGAAGUCGCAGC